GGCAUGCGUGCAUAACGUGUUUACUUGAAAGCUUAUUACGCAGACAAUCGAAUCACGCACGCAGCCUUUGUCGCGUCAUAGACAGUGAAGCCGCGGUUGACUGGUCUCGCCGCCGCCUCACAUAGCAUCAUUAUGUACAUGUACAUGAACCGGUUUUGUGUCUGAAGAAAGACCGGUCUAUACUGAAUUUGUAAUCAUUUUUUCAUCUCAAAGAAGUUUUGUGUUGGAUACGGGAUGGAAUCAUGGGCUGAAUCAUAGAUUUGACUUGAUGUCAGUGGAGGGGACUUUCUUGAUUUCAUGGUUACGGGAAAAAUACUUUCUGUUGGCCUUAACUAGUUCCGUGGUGACGGUAGUCAACAUCGUGCUCACGAGCAUCGUGAUUUAAUCAUUGGACGCCUCCUGCCGGCACGGUACGUAUAUUGCAUCAUCGCGCCGAUCAGCUGUGCAGGUGACGGCAGCUGUAACUCUGAACGACGCGCGGGCUGCAGUAGACCUAGGUCUACGUCGAGACCUUCACGUCGCAGCACAACCAAGAUCAACUCAGUGAUUCCGUGAUCUCCGUAGUCUCCAGAAACACUCCCAAGCAGACAAGGACAAAGUCGAUAGGCCGGCACGUCGGAUUUGGUUACGGGGGAAUAAUUGGUUAUUUUUACUGCCGUGCUGUAAAAUUUCCGUGCAUCGGAGGGUGAAUUCUCGGCAGGCGGGGAGAAAUCAGUGUGUGUCGAGACAAGGCCGCAACCCCCAACAGUGAAUAGUAUAGUUUGUGCAUUGGCCCGCGUGUCACACAGCGGAGUAUACCGUAAGUUGCGACCCUACACUGACUGCACGGUGGGUGGACCAACUAUAAUAGAGUGGGAUCGUGUCCAGCUACACUUCCAGGUCCAUAAACUCUCAUCUGACGAGCUACAUUUGAUGAAACGUCAAAGACCAAACUCUAAGCCUUGCGUGUGGCCUAACGACUCGAGUGUGCCCAGAUGAAGGCUUUUGACAAUCAACUGUCAACAUCAGCUGAUCGGUGUGUGCCCCACCUUAUCUUCGAGUUGAUUGUUUGUUCAAGUUCCACUCUGGUAGAGUUUAGGCACGUAUUCUUUACCAUAUCACAAGUACAACGGUAUGACAACUGGAUGGACUUGUACAUGUAGUCAGUUUUUGCAUUGAGCUCUGUCUUCAUUGGUACGAGAGACGCGAGAGGGAUAGUUUUUGGCCUACGGUGUCAAAUCAAUUUCACAGUCCACAGCCGUCGACCUGUAACGCCGCGUUAGUCAUCGCAAUGCCCUGUAUGAUAUUUCAGCCCAGAGAUAAUGAUGGUUUUGAUGUUACGCAAUGGACUGAUGAGAGGCACAUGAGGAAAUACUGACUUGGAUGUCGAUAUAACGUGUACAUGUGUGGGCAGAUGACUGCCCUGACCUAACCCGUAUCGAACAUCAUUGCCUCUAGCCGUCGCAGCACAAUUAAAAUCCCCUCUGUCAGACUGUCAAAGCAGAAGAGACACGUUUUGUUCCAGGAGUGUCCUUUGGCAGGGUACUGUGUCUCACCCGUAAGUCACAUCGCCCUGUUGGUAUUCUAUACAGACUGGUUCUUCAGGCUCUUCAAUGCAUAGGAGGGUAUUUGCAUGGGCCGUGAGGAAGUUUCUCAAAUCUUCAGGCUAGUCUGUGGUGGUCAUCAACGGCUUUGAAGAGGGAAGUUAGUUUGAAAGCAGGGAUUUCAUCCAGACCAGUCCAUCUCUCGGAUUAGCGUGUCAUCAAAAUAAUACACAAGGUCCGUUAAUGUCUUGCUGAUACUAGUCGGCUCAUAGACCUACAUCGUUCGUUAUUGGCAAGUGACACUGCAGCGACAUCCUUCCACCAACAUCUUCUUUGGAAGACCAAAUCUCCAGUCACCAUGGGCAGGAUGGGUCGCUUCAAGCGGAGCAGCAGUGGAGGGAUAGAGGUGGAUAUGGACAAGUUAAAGCAACGGCGCGCCAGCGCCUUCAUCGUCCCCCAGGAUGGGGGGUGGGGCUGGGUCGUCUGCCUGGCCUCGCUUUGGACGAACGGCACAAUCUUUGGUAUCAUCAACUCCUUUGGGGUCAUGUACGAGCGGAUCUACAACGAAGUGGAUGGAGCUGACAACUUCAAGACAUCUUGGGCAGCUUCGCUUUGCUCUGGUCUCACCUUCAUGCUGUCACCCGUCUCCAGCAUAAUCACUGAUCGUAUUGGCUGCAGGGCCGCUGGCAUCGUUGGUGGAACUCUUGCCCUGGGAGGAAUGAUCGCAAGUUCCUUUGUCAAGCGAAUCGAGUUGCUCUAUCUUACCUAUGGGGUCAUGGUUGGAUGUGGGUUCUCAAUCGCCUACACGCCGUCCCUAGUUAUUCUGGGCCGGUACUUUCGGAGGAGAAUCGGCUUGGCCAAUGGCAUCGUGACUUUUGGUAGCGGCGUCUUCACCAUCGUCUUACCGCUCGGCUUGAAAUCGACGCUGGAGAUCAUCGGACUGGCCAACACGCUGCGUGUGCUGGCGGGUCUCUGUUGCAUGAUGACGCUGGGAGCGGUCGUCUUUCGCCCCGUGCCUCUGCCGGCCAACUUCGACAUGAAGUUGCUAGAAAGUCUUGCUGAAUCGGCACCUCACGGCAAGCCCGCCCUCAAGAACUUGUUUGGCCUGCUGGACUUAUUAGACCUGCGCGUCUGGAAGAAGAGAAACUACCGGAUAUGGGCCAUUGGAGUACCCGUCGCAGUCUUAGGCUACUUCGUUCCAUUUGUUCAUUUGGUUAAAUACGUCAGUAAUAUGAACCUAGGAGGUAAUCCAGCCAUCCUAAUCACUUGUAUCGGGGCCACCUCAGGUCUUGCAAGGCUCAUCUUCGGUAGAAUCAUCGACUCGCCUAAGGUCAAUCGCAUCUACCUGCAGCAGAUCGCUUUCUUGGUCAUCGGGGUCACGUCCACCCUCCUCCCUGUGGUGCGAAACUUCUACGCACUCUGCGUCAUGAUGUCCUUUAUGGGCAUCUUCGACGGGGUGUUUGUGCUGCUGAUUGGGCCCAUCGCUCACGACGUGGCCGGCACUGCGGACGCCUCGCGAGCUCUUGGUUUCCUUUUCUUUAUGAUGUCAUUUCCGAUGACGGCGGGACCGCCUAUUGCAGGUUUUAUCUACGAUAAGCUACAAGACUACACAUUAGCCUUCCUCCUUGCUGGGGCACCACCUAUCAUUGGAGCCUGCAUCCUCUUCUUCGUCAGGCCGGGGGAUCACGACGAUGACAACGACAUCAACAACGACGGACAUGGCAGCACAGCGGACGACAUGGAGCAGUCCCGGAACCUACUCAAUGGCAGCUCCGACUCUGAAGAGUCCUGGCAGACCUCCCCAUAUGCAAGGCGGAAAUUCCUGGAGCUGCGAAACGGUCGGAGUCUGCCCCCUACCAGCGCAAAGCCCGCCUCUAACUUGUCCCCUAGACCGAUUCUGAGCACAGCUAGGACUAACGGCAUCCCACGGAAUGUUUCUGCACCGGCGAUGCUCGGCUUGGAGUGUCCCACGCCGGUAGAGGAUGCCUUGGAGACACCACCGGUCAUGAACGGUAUUCUUCCCCGGUCCGGCCGACGGGUCACAUACGGCGAUGUCGUCUAUCACGGAGAGAUAUCAGAGCUUCGGCCGUUGCCACACAGAGAUAGACUGUUUAUUGAAGAGUGGAUUUCCGUCGUUUAAAGAAGGAUUUGCUUUUCAUUUUGUGGAAUAAUGCCCCGGAUUUGAUGUUCUGGAGAGUAAAACUAGUGAAGAUUUUAGGGGACCAUCGAGCAAGUUACUUUGUUUUUAAGCCGUGAUACGGUAAAGUCUGUAUCAAGAUAAACCUUGUAUUGUUACUGCAGAUCAUGCUUUUGCAUGUUGGACGUUUUUAACAAUAACUGUAGAAACCUAAUCCUGAAUAUUCAUAAAAUAAUUAGUAAAUAUUUUAUUAGAUGUUACGUGCGUUUGAGCUUUCAGAAAUCCUCCAAAUGUUCCAAUAACCAAAAGUCAAUAAGUGUUUUCAAUGCGUGUUACGUUACAACACAUGAAAGGGGGAAUGAAUGGUUUUACAGUCAAUUAAACUCGAGCCCGAGUUAAUUAUUUUUUCGAAUUAAGGCUAGAAUAUCUCAUCUAGAAAUGAAUCCAUCAAGGUGAAAAGACGCUGAAUAUGAACCACAAUUUCAAAGACGAUUCAAGAAACUUAGACUUUCGUGUAUAUUUCUGAAAUAACUUAUGUCGAUAACGGUGCUGGAUGAUAUGAACUUGUGUGUGAUUUGGGAAUAAUUAUAUAAUAAUAUUUUUAUUUAUCUUUACUUUGCAAAAUGCACGGAUGUCACGAGUUAAAGCGGGUGCCGGAAAUUCUUGCUGGUAACUCGUGGCUAAGUUUCAUUCUCCAUUAUUUCUCCAUUAUUAUUAUAUAAAACAUAUAGAGGUGUCGAAAUUGAAAAUAUCAAACCCAAGUCUUGUA